AUGACAUCACGCGAUUUUCCCGGCCUCGGCUUGAACCCGUGCCGCAUGAAUCAACGUCUCGGCGAGCUGACAGCUGGAAGCUCCAGCGCACUGGGAAGGAGACACUUUACUGCAAAACAAAACCCGGAGACCACAGAGAGACCUCGGACCCCGAACCCCAGCUUCAGGAUCCCCCCGCAGGAGACGCAACGGACCCCGGCGACUUUGCGCGUAUACGCAGGAGGAUCUAAAACUCCCGAGGAAGACUCCCGAUUUCGCGCCGGCCAUCCCUCUCCGACCAUGUCCGAGGUGCUGCCAUACAACGAGGGGAAAAUGAGCGGCUACGGGGCGGACAGCGAGGUCAGCCAGAUGUCCUUUAGCUGCGGACUGCAGGACACAAGCGCCUUCUUCGCUGCGUCGCAGGCGAAAAGACCUCCAAAGCUGGGACAGAUCGGCCGAGCCAAGCGAGUGGUCAUCGAGGACGACCGAAUAGACGAGGUCCUGAAGGGGAUGACGGACAAGUCUUCACCUGGCGUUUAA